CAGCGGGGGCCGCGGGGGAGGCGGCAUCGCCCGCCCAGCGCCGGAGGCGCCUGCGACCUCCGCGCCCGGGAGCCAUGGCCGAGUACACGCGGCUGCGCAACUGCCUGGCGCUGAUCCGCCUCCGAAACCCGCCGGUCAACGCCAUCAGUACGGCUGUACUCCGUGGAAUAAAAGACGGAUUGCAGAAAGCUACCACAGACCGUACAGUAAAAGCUAUUGUGCUUUGCGGAGCAGAUGGCAAAUUCUCUGCAGGUGCUGAUAUCCACAGCUUUGGUGAGCCCAGAAAGUCUGACUUUGUACUAGGACAUAUAGUAGAUGAAAUACAGAGAACUGAGAAGCCCGUGGUGGCAGCUAUUCAAGGCCUGGCUUUAGGAGGGGGACUGGAGCUGGCGCUGGGCUGUCACUAUAGGAUUGCUCAUGCAGAGGCUCAAAUUGGCUUCCCAGAAGUCACACUAGGAAUCCUUCCUGGUGCAAGAGGAACCCAGCUUCUCCCCAGACUCAUUGGAGUUCCUGCUGCACUUGACUUAAUUACCUCAGGAAGACAUGUUUUGGCAGAUGAAGCACUCAAGCUGGGUAUCCUAGAUGAAAUUGUGAACUCAGACCCGGUUGAAGAAGCAAUCAAAUUAGCCCAGAGAAUCUCUGAUCAAUCUCUAGAAUCCCGUAGACUCUGCAACAAGCCAAUUCAGAGCUUGCCCAACAUGGAGAGUAUUUUCAGUGAAGCCCUUUUGAAGAUGCAGAAGCAGCAUCCCGGGUGCCUUGCUCCAGAGACUUGUGUCCGUGCAGUCCAGGCUGCCGUGCAUUGUCCCUACGAAGUGGGCAUCCAGAAGGAGAAGGAGCUGUUUAUGUACCUUCAGAAAUCAGGGCAGGCUAGAGCCCUGCAAUAUGCUUUCUUUGCAGAGAGGAAUGCAACUAAGUGGUCAACUCCCUCUGGAGCAUCCUGGAAAACAGCCAUAGCACAGCCCAUCUCCUCAGUUGGCGUUGUCGGCUUGGGAACAAUGGGCCGAGGCAUUGUUGUUUCUCUUGCGAAGGCCAAGAUCCCAGUGAUUGCUGUGGAAUCGGACAAGAAGCAGCUAGAGACUGCUGAUAUGAUAAUAACUACCCUCUUGGAAAAGGAAGCAUCCAAAAUGCAGCGUAGCAGCCACCCGUCGUUAGGACCAAAACCCAGGUUAACUACAUCUAUGAAGGAGCUUGGUGGUGUAGAUUUAGUCAUUGAAGCAGUAUUUGAGGAAAUUAACCUGAAGAAGAGGGUCUUUGCUGAACUGUCGGCUAUAUGCAAGCCAGAAGCUUUUCUGUGCACCAAUACUUCAGCCCUAGACAUUGAUGAGAUUGCUUCUUCCACUGAUCGUCCUCACUUGGUCAUUGGCACUCACUUCUUCUCACCAGCUCACGUCAUGAAGUUGUUAGAGAUUAUUCCCAGCCAAUACUCUUCCCCCACUACCAUUGCCACAGUUAUGAAUUUAUCAAAAAAGAUUAAAAAAAUUGGAGUAGUUGUAGGUAACUGUUUUGGAUUUGUUGGCAAUCGAAUGUUGAAGCCUUAUUACAAUCAGACGUAUUUCUUGUUAGAAGAAGGCAGUAGGCCAGAGGAGAUAGAUCAGGUGCUGGAAGAGUUUGGUUUCAAAAUGGGACCUUUUAGAGUGUCAGAUCUUGCUGGAUUGGAUGUGGGUUGGAAAUCUCGACAAGGGCAAGGUCUUACUGGACCUAUGGUGCCUUCAGGAACUCCUGCCCGGAAGCGAGGCAACAGGAGAUACUGUCCAAUUCCUGAUCUGCUCUGUGAAUCAGGACGAUUUGGCCAGAAGACAGGGAAAGGUUGGUACCAAUAUGAUAAGCCAUUGGGUAGGAUUCACAAACCUGACCCCUGGCUUUCUGAAUUUCUGUCACAGUACAGAAAAACCUAUCACAUUGAGCCACGUAUCAUUAGCCAGGAUGAGAUCCUUGAGCGUUGCUUAUAUUCACUUAUCAAUGAAGCAUUCCGUAUCUUGGGAGAAGGGAUGGCUACUGAUCCAGAGCACAUUGAUGUUGUCUAUUUACACGGGUACGGAUGGCCAAGGCAUAGGGGUGGACCCAUGUUCUAUGCCUCCACAGUUGGGUUGCCCACAGUGCUAGAGAAGUUGCAAAAAUAUUACAGGCAGAAUCCUGAUAUUCCACAACUAGAGCCUUGUGACUAUCUGAAAAAAUUGGCUUCCCUGGGCAACCCGCCUCUGAAAGAAUGGCAAAGCUUGGCAGGACCCCCAGGCAGCAAACUGUGAUUCAGCCUUCCAGGUUACACGCACAUGCUGGCAUCAGGUAAUGCUCACUGAAUUUCAUUGAAAUUAAAUCCAAAGAUCCUGAGUAAGAUUGUACUGAAAUAUAAAGCAGAAGAAAUAAUUGAUCAGCUAAAUCUUCUCUUUGGGACUUCUGAUUAUUCUAAUGAGUCAGAUCUUUAGAAAUAUGCUCCCUAUGCCUCUGAAUCUGUCUUUAUUGGAUAAAUUAUUUCAAUCCCAGUGAAUAAAACUUGCAUUGAUACCAUAAUAGCUAAGGAGAGAGACUCAGGAAUAAGUUAAGGUUUCCAAGGGCUUUGAUAGUUGGAGAUGUCAACAAUUAAUAACUGAUAAAUGCAACUAAGCCACAAAUUCAUUCUGACCCCUUUCAACCUAGAGUCCAGAGGGGCAUUAAUUCAGCAUGGAAAGCCAGGAUGAAUUUUAGUCCAGAGUCUCAGAGAUGGAGUGGGGAUAGUUGGCAGGGUAAGGUCCGCAGGGAGGGUCUCUGUGAGUAUGGGAAGUCACCCAAGGAGAGGCAGAAGUAGUUACCAGAAAGAAAGGCAGGGGCUCAAUGGCAUAGCAGUGCUAAAGUUGUAGGCAAAACACAGUUGGGAAUUAGUGAGGGAGUCAGGUACUUUAGACUAGAAUGGGGAACUCAGAGUAGCUUGGGAAUUCAUACUUGGUGUGUUACUUCAUAUAGCGCAGUUCCAUAUGCAUGGUUGUGCUUGCUGCUUGCAAAGGGCUCAGUAAUGUUUGUUGGUAAUUUCCUUGGGACCAGGAGAUGUCUACAACCAGUUAUUCUUUUCUAUACCUGGAGAAGUAACAGAAAGUAGUCAUUAUUGACUUAAUAUAAGAAGGGAUCUUAGAAAACAUCUAACCUCCUCUGAUUCUAUGAUAGAGUCAUGAUACCAGACUCCCUGUCAUGGUGAGCCCUUGUGAUGCUGGGUAUGGAAAUUGUUGAAUCUUGAAAAGUCUGAAGUUCCUGCCAAACAAAAUCUGUAUAACUUUGUCAUAAGAUUCUCUUUUUACUUUUUUGUGGGGUUAAAGUUGAGGGGCCAAUCGACACAAAAACCUGCACACAAAUGUUUAUAGCAGUAUUAUUCAUCAUAGCCCCAAAUUGGAAACAACCACUAGAUCUCCAUCAGCUGAGGAAUAGAUAAACAAAUGGUGAAAUAGCCAUACAACAGAAUAUUGGGCCAUAAAAAGAAAUAAAGUAGGUACAGAUACAUACUACAACAUGAUGAACCUUCAAAAUGUUAGGCUAAAUGAAAGAAGCCAAUCACAAAAGGCCAUUUUAUGGACAUUCGUGUGAAAUAAAAUAGGCAAGGCUAUAGACACAGAAGGCACAUCAGAGGAUGCCUAAGGCUGGAGUAAUUAGGGCUGAGGGGAUGGGGAGGGACUGCUCAUGGGGACAGGGUCUCUUUUGGGGUUGAUAAUAAUGUUCUAAUAUUAUUGUGGUGAUGGUUACAUAACUGUGAAUCUAAAAACCAUUGAGUUUGAUUUUAAAUGGGUGAGUUGUAUAGUAUGUGAAUUAUAACUCAAAAUUGUCAAUAAAUAAGUAAAUAAACAAAUGGGCUCAA